UUCCAGACACUAUCACAAAGCUUUCAUGAAAACCCAAUCACCAAACAGAAGGUUCACUGCACAACCUCUAUGAUAAAACUCUACCCGCUUUCUCUGACUCCAGGAUGACUGUCAAAUCCACUGCAACCUUUGCUCCACUCGCGUUCCUCAGCGUCCAUCACAUGACUCACAAGCCUUUCCAAGUCCCAACCUCCUUCAUAUUGUUGUCAUUUUUUCCUUUCUACUGUAAAAGCCACUUAAUUGAUAUAACUGCAGAUUUAAAUUUUCUGCUUAAUUUUUUACUUUCUAAUUUUAAGGUAUUGAAGGUAUGCUAGUUAUAUAUUUUCUACUUCCAGAAACUCUUUUGUAGUUCUUCAUUCCAUUCUGAUGAAUUAUGUAGCAGUGAGGCAUAGGCAUGCUCAAGCCUUCUCUAUUAAGAAAAUGAUAAAAUUUGGUUUCACAGAUCUCUGUUGAAGAUGUUAUAAAGGCAAUUCAUCAGAAGUCCUUCGAUUAUCGAGUGCUGAAUCUUUUACUGUACCAGUUGAGAGGAGAAGAGCUGUAAUAAAGGUUAAUGAGUUGCAUAUGGAGUUUCUAUCAAUCUCAGAAUUCCUAGUUGAGGUAGCUGAUGAUCUGUUUGACUAUGAGGAAGAUGUCAUAGAAAAUAACUUCAAUAUAUUGCGCAUGUUUGUCAGAACAUAUGGAGCUUGUGCCCCAACUGUGCUGGCAAAAUACAUAGCUGAGGCUGAAGAGAAGUAUAACAAUUUACUGAAAAUGCUGGAUCCUCAGCUGUCCUUGAAUUACCAGAGAAGAUGCGUAGAAGCAACUAAAGAGGGAGGGAAUACGUCUGCACAUCCUCUCGGAACAUGGAGUAUACCACCUCUAAUACUUGAUGAGGAAUUUUAUCGAUCCAGUCUGUUAGAUUCGAAGACACAGUUGUAACCUUGGAUUUAAACAGUUGGGGUUUGGUUCAGUGUCAAUGGAACAGGAUUUUCUCUGUUUUGUUAUAAAAAAUUUGCUUCCUCAUUUCGUUGUU